CGGUAGACGAGAGAGCUGUAAUAUAAGCAGUGUAAAGUGUAACAGUACCUACUAACAGUAAAUUAAAACCAAACAGUUAUUUAAAAUAAUUUUCUGAGCAGAACGCUUGGUUUCUAACGAUUCCACCAACCAACGGCACCAACACCUUUGAUAGAAACCGUAGGCGUACACUUGUAGAUCGUGACGUAGACAUUUUGUGACUGAGUUUGUGAACGGCUAUGGCAGUGCAAAAUAUAUGUAGAUUGUGCUUAGCCACAGACGAUUUAGUAUAUAUAUUUGACGAGAAGAAUAAGAAACUGAAUAUGAAGGACGUUAUUGCCAUCACGACGGGUAUCGAGAUCCAUACUAAAGAUAUUAUCUCCCAGAAGGUUUGUGGAAAAUGCUACCAAUUCAGUAUUCAAAUUUUCCAGUUCAGAAGCCAGUGUUUGAAAGCCGACAAACAUUUGAAGAAUCUGUGCAUGGAUUUUUUGGUUGAUAAAAAAUAUUACAUUCCAAAUACUGAAGUUUCUAUUAAAGGUGUUUUAAAAAGCGAAGAGUUACCAAAAAUCGAACCUGACUUUAUGAAAACAUCGGUUUACGAACUACACCCGAGCGUAAUCAAAUUGUCUCGCACAUAUCCAAAAAUUAAACUGCCUAAAGACUGCUUAACUUCGGAUGUUGCGCCUAUUGUACAGAUGGAAAUAAACCAAGUAGAGAAUUACUUCAAAAGACUUAAAUUAAACUUUAACAUUCACGUAAAGAACGCAUUGGAUUCUGUAAAACGUUCUAUAAAACCAACGAAAUUUAGUAAAAUUCAAAAAUUUCCUAAGCAAAAGAAGAUAUUGACUCUACCAAAAGUAAUUAAGAUAACCAAAAUUAAUGAACCUAUUAAAACUAAGCAACAUUAUAAAAGUGCUACUAAUUUUAACGAAAUAGAAAAUAAUAGAAGUGAAGUUUGUAAAACUCCUAAUAAAAGUCCAGUAAAGAGGAAUAAUAAAUCUACUAUUCAUUCUAAUGUGAAAAGAAAGCUAAUAGAAAGCCCGUCAACAGAAGCAGUUGAAAAGCCACACUUAAAAACAGUGCAUUGCACUGAUACAUGUAUUACUAUACCUAGCAAAAAAAGAAGACUUGUAACUGAAAAAUGUCAACAAGAAACACACUAUUGUAAAAAAACCUUUUUAAACGAAACUGAAGUUUAUUGUAGCCUAACCACAAGAAGACAAAAACUUAUAGCAGCUGCAAAUUGUUCAAAUAAAAAAUCUGUAGAUGUCGGGAUAUUUUCUAAAAGUACUCUAAAAAAAUUUCAAAAUGACAGUAAAAAAGUAGAUGAGAAAUACUGUGCCUUGAAGGAAAAAAUGAUUGUUCAACCAAUAAAAAUAGCAAAUGAUAAAGUUGACUUGCAAAUUAGCAGUCCUAACAAAAACUUGGCUAACAGAAAUGAAAAUCAGUUAAAUGAAAACGAUGAACAUGUGUCAUUAACUAGCGUAGGUAGAUCUGUCCCUUUGUUUGUUUGCCAGAUCUGCAACUCGGUGCUGUACAACAAAUAUGAAUUGAAAAAGCACCAAAACAAGCACAUGCGGUGUCAGUUCUGUAAAGUCCGUUUCCGCAGUUUAGAAAACAAAAAGCGUCAUAUAGAAAACGUGUGCUUAAUUAGAAAAAUGAUGAGCGAUCUGCCAUAUGUUAGCUUGGUAAAAAUUGAUUACAAUAGAAUUAUCAGACAAACUUAUUCGGAAGCAUUUGCUGGAUUUUCGCCACUUAAAAAUAUGUAUAUGACACACCGUGAAAAGAAUUCAAACAACAGUUCUAUCAAAGAGACACUUUUUAAAGAUCUCCCACCUGAAAGACUAAGUAUCAUAGAAAUUUUAUCAGACGAUGAAGAUCUACCUUUUUCAGUAAGCGAUAAAGAACAACUUCCUAUAAUAGCUAAUAUAUCCAGCAAUGUUUUUACUAAUCUAAAUUUAAAGACGUCCAAAAACGAAUUGUUGAAGAAUUUAUUGACUACAUUUCCUCGGCCUUCGAAGGAGAUAGAAACCCAAACAGAAUUACUCACAAAUUGCCAUAUUAGUGUAACUGAAACCAACGAAGCUGUAUUAAAGAAUUUGCUCCCAUACAUGUUUAUGUAUAACAUACCGGUGAAAGUAGAGCCUGGAAAAUUUAAUGUAACGUAUGAUUAUAGCCUUAAAUCCAACCCGACUAAGAAAUUGUCCCUUUGGAAUGAACUAAUACCCAUAAAUAUAAAGUCGAGAGCUGAAGACGGUGAUUCGUUUUCCAAAGUAGUAAACGAUGCAUCAAAUAAAAGAUAAAUUAAUUGAGCCUUUCACUACUGCGCUUAACUUAAAGGUUUGUUUAUAAAGUUUAUAGAUUUCUACUUAUUAAAGCUAU